AUGGAUGAGAUGCCCUGCCCCCAUGCUUGGGCUGUUCUUAAGAUGAAGAAUCUCACUACCGACACCUACUGCUCAAACUUGUACAAACCAGAAACUGUGAUGAAGACUUAUGAUGUCCCAAUUUAUCCGUUACCAGAUCAGAGUAAGUGGAAUGUGCCUGUAUACAUUUCAGAAGAAGUAGUGUUGCCACCAAGGUACAAGAGGCCGCCUGGAAGGCCAAAAAAGAAGCGCGAUAAGUCUUUAUCUGAAUGGUUUUCAAAUUCACGUACAAACUCGUGCAGUAAAUGUGGACAUGCAGGACAUAAUAGGCGCUCCUACAGGAAUGAGCCUAAAAGAAAUUAG